UUGGGAGUCCCAGUUAGUUGUAUAUUUUGCUUGAGAUUACUACAAACUCAUGAUUAAGAGGAAAAUGAUUCAUGGACAGCCUAACUUAUGUUGAUAUUGACUUUGAGGAGCAUUAUGAACAAGGAAUAACAGAUUUAGACACUUUAUCUUUCCACCUUUCAAAUUUAUUUCAUAACUACGCACUCACCCCUCCCAUCUCACUGACAAUCACUUGUCUGGAAAGAUGGUGGCUCUAAAUUCGAAGGAUUAUUAGCCAGUCUUGGAAGCUCGUACACGUUCUUCGUUUCUUAGGCUCAUUUCUUCCUCGGACAUGUGGCGGGAAGAGAGAAGAAACAACGCAAGCCCAUAUGCUGGAAGAGAUGAAUUCACUGUAGUGAUCAGUGGUGUCAUUCAUGUACUCAAGAAAGAGUGAAAUUUUGAAGAUUACCAAGCACGAAUGGAAACUUGGUAUCAAUAUAGGGAGGGGAACAUGCAGUGAGGUUUUUGAGGCUUCUGGGACCCUCUGCUUGAAAAAUGGGCGUAAAAGAGCUGUUAAAGGAGCUGUUAAGAUUUUCAAGGAAGGAUCGCAAUAUGAACAGACUGCUAUCAAUGAGAUAAAGAUUCUGCAGUAUUUAGGUCAUGAAGCUGGAUCGCUCAAUAUACAUUGCAUUGUGCACUUAUUGGAUUAUUUCCUAUACAGAGGUAGUUUUCAUUUGGUUUUUGAGCGGUUGGAUUGUCAUCUUCACCACAUUUUACUUAAGCACUCAGGCAAAGGUCUUCCUCUUUCCAUUGUGAGAAGAUGUUCUAGGGAUGUUGUUGAAGCUCUGAGUUUUUUAGCCAUCAGUAGGGUUGUUCACGGUGACCUAAAGAUGUCCAAUGUAAUGUGGAAUCCAAAGAGAGGGAUCUUUCAACUUGUGGAUUUUGGACUUAGUUUCACUGAAGGACAUCAACUUUCUCAACCACUUCAGAGCCCUGGUUACCAAUCUCCUGAGGUGCAAAUGUGGAACAGAUUAGUUGCUAAUGGUGUUACUGAGAAAAGUAUGUUGAAAUGUUUUUUUGCUUGUGACAUGUGGAGCUUUUCUUAUGUCCUGUGGUACAUGUACACAGGACAGUCAGCUCCCAGACAUGAUGCCUAUGAACCAGUCUGUGUCAUGUGCUUGCAAGAAAAGGAUGCUGAAUGUGUACAUUUCCACCAAAUCCAAAAGGAAUUACCCAAAGAUGAAAGAAAGAUUACACUUGAACAACAUAACUUUUUUCUUGACUUUGUUAUGAGAAUGAUGAAGUGCAAACCAGAGCAGAGGAUAACACCUUUUAAUGCCAUGCAGCAUGCCUUUCUUAAUGGAGGUUCUCCUUGGAAUACUCCUUUGGGUUUGACAGAGUUGUUAUUGCUUCCAACUAGGAUCUUGCAGCUGACCAACAUUCAUUUGGAAGACCUUUCUGCUGAAUUCCUAUUUGAUGAAUUGAUAGAUGUGAAGGAGGAGUGUGCUAAGUUUGGUGCUCUGAAGGGAUUCAAGUUUGCUGGUGAUUCAAACACAGGAUAUAA